UGCCAAAUGUCCAAGAUACCAUGACGUCCUCCUCAAAAUGUUAGAUCCUUUGAACUCCAUUUAUUUUUUCCCUGAUUAAUCCUCUCACACAUGAGGCCUACAUGUAAGAUUCCUUGUAAUGUUCACAGCGUUUAUUUUAAAUCGUUUACGUUCUCAAAUUUCAGCAGGUAUUUAAUUAUAAAUAUUUAUUUAUGAUUUUGAUUUAUUUACUAUUUCGAAGAUACAGUCUUGCAACGUGUUUAGUUAGUCUAAGUUACGUGUUAGGUGAUUCUUACAAACAAUAGACUGACAUGAAAAGUGGCUCCUUUUGAAGCACAAACUGCAUCCAUGUAUAUAUUACAGCUGGCCCGGUUUGAUGGGGCCUGUUUUUGAUAAUAAUUAAUUACCAUUUUUCACUUCCGUGUUUAUUUUGUUUACCAACGCCAUGAUGGAAAAAAGUCCGUUUCCCACAAUGCUUAGCGCGCAUUCACACAGGUCAGUAAGACCGGUGUGACACAAUGCUUCGAAAAUCGUGUCUGAUUUCGGCAUCGAUGGUUUAAGCGAACGAUUGAUGUUAUUUUAAUUUAACUUGUUUAUGUUUUUCUCAAUUUAUGUUGUUUAUGAUAAGGAUUUAUAUUUUAUGAGCAUGAACUCUAAGCGUGAAGGUUUUGUAAUAGUUAAAAUAUAUAUCGGCUGUUAAACGUAAUUUAUUGUUCGAAAUCGAAAGUGACUUAUUUCCUUUUAAAAGCCAAAACAGGAACAUACAAUACGUUGGGCAGUGUAUAGAUGGCUGAAGGUGGAGUCAGACGUGAUGAAGGGUUCUCCAGACAGCAGUGUAUAGAUGGCUGAAGGUGGCAUCGGGCUUGAUGAAGGGUUCUCCAGACAAGCCCCGGUAAGGUUCAGUGGGAAAAUGCCUCUGUUGAGACAUGCACUGUACUGAGCUGGCUCGGUUAUAAACCGCAGAUCAUACAGGCUCGGAGAGACGCAUACAGUGAGAAUGGCAGGCUGUGGACUGCAAAGUCCAGUGGGACGGCAACGAAUAUUGUCACGGGCAGCAAGGGUGAGGGGCUGACCUUCUUCCUGGAAAGUGAUAGGGAUGAAAUGAAUCUAGACAAUAGUGUCGUCUGUUUAGAAGAUGGCGUACAUGCUUAUAUCUCUCCUAGGGAGAUAACAGUUCUGAGAUCAUGCAACCGUAUGAGUUACCCCGGACACUGUAGACUGCUACUAGAGAGACGCGGUACAACUAUUCACCCUUUUAUAAACGAUGCGUUGUGUGAUGAUGGAUUUCGUCGAGAAAUUUUGAGCAGUGACUUAUAUGUUAAUAAUUGGUCGAAAGUUCCCUUGUUGGAAGACACGGUGCAUCAUGAACGUGCUGGGCCGUCAAUGCCCGUAACAAUUCUAGGAGAAAUACACACCGAUACAGUUUUUGCAUUACGUUACUUCUGUCCCAACAUCCUGUCUAAAUGGGCCACAAGACCACGCCACUGGCCGCCACCGAAAGUCGUUCAGAAAGUCUUAUCACUUGGAGCAUUUCUGACGCCUGUUGGAUUUAAAGGCAGUGAAUAUCAACAUGUUGAAUGGAGAGUGUGUUUUAACGCCGGUGAGAUCGAACUGGUAGGCAAUCUUAACGAGAUUCAAAUAAAAUUGUAUGUGUUAUUGAAAAUGGUGAAGAACGAUGUAUUAAAUCCACGUCAGAAAGAAGUUUCAUCGUAUACGUUGAAGAACAUUGUAUUAUGGAUAGCGGAAAAUAAUCCUCAGUCCUUGUUUCAUGAAAGAAGUCUGUUGCACUGGUUACAUGAGGGAUUGGAUGCGCUUAGGUUUGCGUUGGUAACUCGAGAGCUUCCAUAUUAUAUGAUUCCAGAUAGAAAUCUGAUGGCAGCUUGUGAGCUUGAGGAGGCACAGCAGCGUACAUGGAUAUCAACGAUUUCAGAAAUGAUGAAUGAAGGUCCCAGAAUGAUAUUGAGACUUUCCAAGAUACGACAAGCCCUCAUAGUUCACCCUGAACCAUUCCGAUGGUACAACACGAGGAGAAUGGAGCUGGAGCUGCUGACUCUAAUUGACCUGAACAGAAGGGCCGUCUGCAUGGAUGAGAACUGGGUGACAGAUGAGACAGACGUUAUCCUGCAGGCAUUAGAGAGACGCCAGAACGAAAUUGUGGGGGAGGUUUUCCUGAGAAUGAUUACGGAAGGGAGUCGAGUUAACAACCUGGCUGAUGUCUAUUGGAGAAUGUUGGGGUAAAACGUUUGAAGCGAUCAUGUUUUUUUCAGUUACUUGGCAUGGAUACAACUCAUUUAUAAAUAUUGGGUACGUUCAUAGUUUGAAGUAUCAGAGAGCAGUCUUAAAGUAGAUUGCAAAUGUUCGUACAUUUUUUAGCAAACUGUUUUGCAGUUGUAUAGUUGACAGUCGUCUUUAACCAUUUUCAGGACAAAAAUAAUAUUUGCAAAAGUAUUAUUUCGAAACGUUCAUCGAUAACAUUCUGGUUUAUCCCGUUGAUAAUAAACUGAUAUUUCUAUCGGCAAUACUGAAUAAACAUAUUACUAUUGCCGUUAUCGAUGCAAUUAUUUUCAUAUUCAUGUUUGUAUUAUACUGUCUCUAAAAUUGAUUGGGAAAAAUUAUUGUUGAAUGCAUUCAUAGCAUACAUGGUGUAGUUGGUUUGAUAUUAUGUUGAGUUGCAGUUGAAUAUAGUAUUGCUGAUUGACAAAACACGUGAAGUUACAAGUGUUUGAUGCGAUUUAUGACGGACAUUUAUUUUUUUCAAUGAAAUACGUAUUUAUAUUUUAACUGAAGAUAAGUGGAUAUAUACUAUUGUAUUGGUGUUUUUAUAUUGACAUAAUUAAAACCUGUUUAAGGUAUUAGUCGCUUAUGCGUUUAUCAAUUGAUAUGCUCUGUGUGCCUAAGUUCGAUCACGUUAAACUUUGUCUCUGCGCAUGCUCGACAUCAACAACGAUUACUGAAAACUUGCUAUGGUAUUUAGACAAAGUAUUCAAAACUGUAUCCAAAUCUACCAAAAAAAUGAAAUAUAAACAAACAAAACGGUCGUAAAUGGUUAAAAACUAUCUAUUACCCCACAUAAUAUACGUCACUGAAAAGCACUCCUAAGUUCGACCAGCUGUCUUCAUGACGUCACAAAUGGGGGCUCACAUGGGGUAGAUAAAUAGUUAUUUGCUCCCACGAAUACUAAAGCUAGGAGCAAGACCGUCUAAUUUUGUUUUUUUUUUAAAGAAAGGUUAUUCAUAUAUUUUGAAGAUUAUUGUAAUGUGUGUGUUAAAUAUUUAAUAAAAUUAACAACAACUAACAAUUAAGAAGGUAACAGAAAAGAACAUUAAACAUUCAUAAACACACAUUAGUAAAAUCACCAAACAUAUUUUCAUUAUAAUACGAUAUUUUUCCUAAACACAAUGUGGACAUAGGAAUGUCUCACCCCUUCUUAAAGCCAGUUUUUCGUGGCAAUGGCGCUGCAGUAAAGAGCUUAAAUUUAACAAUAAACGUCUUAAUUUGACGUCUAUUAUCUUAAAAUGUAAUGCGUCGAUCUAAUUUAUGAAUGCCCCCUUAUGAGCCCUAGGUAAACAAAGCGCUCAUUUACGGAGAAUUUUCUUACCUCCCCUGAAUACUGCAGCGUCCCUGGCCAUUUAGAAAAGAGUAUUUUGAUGGAUGUUUUAUGAAUUUAAUGGUGAUUUAAAGAAUAUAAGCGCGAUAAAUGCAUGAAAAAUGAGGUAUCGAUAAUUGACCAGUCGAGUCAAUCAAACUCACGAAAUAAUCAAUCAGAUUUCGUUUAUUGCGGCACAUGGUCCGACAAACAAAGACUAUCGGAGUAAUGGAAGCGUUAUAUGAAAACACAACUUAGUGGGUUGAGCGAUCUCGUAUUUGGCGACUGGUCAAUUGACAUAAUUAAAGCUUUGUUAUUCAUAAAGACCUGUUUAAACCGCAUUUUACGAGAGGUUGAUGGAAUAACGACUUCUGUUAUGAGUUUUCGCAGGAAGGCUGGCGCGUGAUGUGAGUGCUGUUAUUCGAAAAUACGUCAUAGAAAACUGAUCGAACUUAGGCACCUGGUCGAAAUUAGGCACACAUUUUUUCUCACUUCUGCUGUAAGUGUUUGUAUGGUUGUGUUAGUUUUUCUUGUUUAUAGAGUCGUAACCGAAUCGCACGAGUGAUAGCUUAUUCAUUUGUAUAUAUUUUGUUACACUGUUGUAGCGUGUAGCUUCUGCUCUUAUUUGUGGUUAGGUUUCACUUACUGAUGAAUACAUUGUGUAUGUAUCUGUAAAUGUAUUGGUAAAUUUAGUUUCACAGUCGCCCUCAUUUAACUGAUGAUAACUAUGCACAUGUUUCAAACUAUCAUCCAUACAUGUCUUGAUAAAAUGUGUGCAUACAUUCACCGUUAAGAUUAUGAUUUUCGUAUUAGAACUGUAGCUUCUGCGCUUAUUGCGGUCAGGUUACACUUACUGAUGAAUACGUUGUGUAUGGUU